UUUGUGUUGAGUUCAUUUGCGAGAGAACCAUUCCCCCGGCCAGUUGCGUGUGCUCGGGAACGCUGUUCAACGGUCUACCUCAGCAAAAUAUAUUCACCCUUAACCCGUCCGUUGCUUUCCCGCUCUUCCUACCCCCACUGUGUCACGGUGUAUGGUGCGUGUCACGCAUGACGUGUCGUGCUUGUGUAUUGUUUAGCAUCCGCGUGUACGUUCCGAUAUCCAGUGCCGAUCGUCAAAAGCCUCUGAUCAACGUCCAGCGGGAAGUGCGGUGAAAUUUGGUUGCAGAUCUGCAUACGUACGUUGUGCAUACGUUGGCAAGCGUGGUGGUGUCUAGUGUACGCGUUUUCGUGACCGUUGCCAUCGGCGACGGGUGAUUCAUAGUUGCGCAGAAGGGCAUACCGGACCGCUAAAAUCAAUACCGAAGUGUAACACGGUAGCACGGCAUUCGUACGACGAGAGUGCACAACGCCACACGGACGACACUGAAGACGGCCAUAGCAAAAGGAGGUUAAAUUUAAGUAUCCUGUCCCAUCGCGAAUUGGCCACCCCACAGCAAGCGUGCGAAAUGAAUUACGGACGUAAAACGCCGUCAACGUACCGGUCGACACCGUCGGUAUACUCCCACAUUACCAGCCGAUCCCAAUCCAACCUACACUCGCAGCGAUCGCGAUCGAUGAAAUCCGUCAUGAUACCCUGGUACCAGAAGCCGAUCCUGCACAACAACAAAUAUCUGGACAUUCAGCGGGGUGCCUUCAUCAUGGGGCUGUUUGCGAUCUUCGUGGCGAUCUUCACGAUCGGUACGGCCGUGUUUGACAUCUACUGCUUGGCGCUGGCAGCGCCAGGAUCGUCCCAUUACGGCUACUACAUCAUCUCGUACGAGUUUGUGUACGUUGGCAAUGUGCAUGUGCGAAAUGCACUCAUGGUGGCGGCACUGUUCUCACUGAUCGGUGGUCUGGUGGUGCUGGUGACGAGUAUCAUGUUGGUGCACGCGUUGCGGAAGGAGUACGAAUCGAAGAUCGUACCGUGGCUGUGGUCGUUCGCUAUCUUCACGCUGUUCCGUCUGUUGGCGUUUCUGUUCUUCUCGAUCGUGAAUGAUCUGAUCUUCGCGUACAACAUACUGAUCACACUGAUCUGGAGCGUCGUCAUCGUCGCAUCUAUCUAUGGCUGGCUGAUGGUGUACUCGCUGUAUCUGGAGCUGGCCGAUCUGACGAAGCUGGAGGACCUUGCACACCUGCGAAUGGGUACGAUGCAAUCGCUGAACGCUUCCGUUGCUCACUCGCUGGCCGGUUCGCGGCCAACGACACCACACAGUACCGUCUCGACCAUGCCGGUCGGUGACACGAAGUUCAUCUAAUAACGCCAUCGGAACGCUCAUCUGAAAGAUGUGUGCCUUUGACAAACGCAUCCGUCCAUCAUACUGUCCACAUCGUUGCCUAUCCCGUCCAAAAAGCAAGACAACAACCACCCGUACAAACAAACGAUGACAAUAUCGCCAGUCUCUAGGGAAAAGUAAUAACGCGCACAUAACAAUCGAAGCAAAACGAGUAUUAAUAUUCGGCGAAGUUUAGUGUGCCUUCGAAGUUCGAGCCGUUUUCGAAGACGAGGAAGUUUUUUUUAACGUUUAGUUUCGUAAUCGUAAUAGAGUAGCUCUUAAGUUGACGGUUUUGUGGUACGGUGACUUCAACUGUCAUUGUUUUGCGCCACAGGUGACGAACCUCGUUUACCCGCUGCGUAUCGCUAAUGACAGUGUGAGGUACAUCGUUCGAAGUUUUGUUUUAUACAUUUCACAGUGAUCAAUAAAUUAUUGAUUUCUCGUAACGAA